AUGAACCGAGUGCAGCAGGCUAAGAACAAAGGGGCUCGAGCUCGGCUAUCCCGACAAAGAGCUAACCCGCCUGCAGCCCGUGCAGUCCCUGCAACACCUGCAACACCUGCAGCCUCUACCUCUACAACUUAUAACGAGGCUCCUGGUAACGAAGCUCCUAGUGACGAGGCCUCUUCUAGCCACCUGAUUUCCACCAAUAAUAAUAAUAGUCCAAUUCCAAACUACGUCCCAUUCAACACUCCAGACAGUGUUGCUAACGAAAACGUUCCCGAACAAGCUGUUCCCACUCCAGAGCCUUCCAAUCACGACCCCAUCUAUCAAGACUUUGUCAAUCAAGGUAGUUCUCCCGGCCAGUACAUUCCCAUUCCCAACCAAGUCCCCAAUCAAGGUGGCCCACUCCCCCCUGGCUACGUUUCUUCUCAAGUUUCGAACGCCUAUUUCCACAAUCAGAUCUUUGAGGACUUCGCCUACGACCCUUCUGAGUACUCCCCUCACACUAUUCGUCUUGACCUUGAAGAUAUCCCUCAGUUCAUCAACGAUAUUAUCCUUGAAGGAGUCGUCCCUCUGUACCUCCUUGCCUUAGCACCCGAUCAGGUCCCUGACUUCCAACUCUUUCCCGACGGCAACGAUCCCGCCGACGAAAAUUCGUACAGCGAGGGUUUGUUCGAGGAGGAAGCGGUGAGCGAGGAGAACGAAGACGUAGCGCAAGAGCAAGAGGAAGAGGAAGAGCAAGGCGGAGAUCAAGAGUUCGAUCUAAGCUAUUAUUUUGGAGAGCACGGGCCUAACGACGAAGUAGAGGUUGAACACGCUGAUCAUCCUUCGGACGACCGUUCCGAUAACCAGGCUCAAGGCGCCGGCCACGAUUCCGGUAAAGACUCUAACGAAGAGGCUUCCGAUAGCGAAGAAGAAGACAACUCUGGCAAGGGUUGCGAUCAGGACAAAUAUAAAGAUCAGGGCGGCGACGAUCCUGAAGAUCCCGACCAAGGAGGCUCCAAUCAAGGUUCCAACAAAGAGGGCUCGGGCCACCAGAGUUCUGACUGCAAAGGUUCUGACCCAAAAGGCUCUGACCACAAAGACUCUGACCACCAGGCUUCUGGCAAUCAAAGUCGUGGCAAAAAAAGCCUCCAGCUCUAA